UUAUUAUCAAAGUUUUGGAUUUGAUCAGUAAGAAACUUGUUUUUAAACCCUAAACCCUAAGUCGUCGGAAUUCGGUCAGAAUAUACCGAUGGAAUUCCGACGACCUGCCCCAUUCCGACGGAUCUAUGUUCGUCGGAAUUCCGUCGGUUUGUUAGUUUCCCGAAAUUACAAACCGCGUGAAAAUUUCGAGUGGACCGCGUGAAUAUUUCAUUAAACCGCGCAUUUAAUAUUUUAUUCUUUUUCCGACGACAUACCGACGGACACGGGUCCGUCGGUUCCUUUAAAUAAAAACCAAUCCUUCUUCCUUCUUCACCAUUUUCGCCUCUCUCUCUCUAAAUCUUCUCCGUUUUCUCUCUCUUCUCCGGCGAUUCUCACCGCGAAUCCGGCGUCCCCACCUCCGUGAAUCCAUCCCACCGGCGUCCCCACCUCCGUGAAUCCAUCCCACCAUGUCUGAUGAUUCGAGUGUUCGUCGGCGUGUCCGACCUCGUCGUUCCGCACCCCGUGGCCGAGCUAGUUCGGUGAGCAGUUCCCGUGCAUCGGGUUCGUCGUCUCACGAACAAAACUCGGUUCCUUUCGCUCCGGCUCCCGCUCCGGCUCCCGCUCCAGCUCCUGCAGCCGCUCCACAUGACCCGGGGGUCAUGCCAGUUGAAAUAUUGGUUCAACAACCAGGUCGAGAGCAUCUCCCGGUUCUCGAACAAUACCCACGAAUGGGACACUCGACUUGGUUCAACAAGUCGACCAGUGGGAUUAGCGGGAGCAUCACCCAGAUGAUGUAUUCGAUGCUCCAGACGGGAUAUGACAAGUGGACUUCGAUCCCUUCCGCGGAACGCGAGCUGUGGUUUCGUCAGUUCGCGCAAGAAUUUACUUGGGACUCCGGCCUGACGGAAACAGUCCGUCAGGCAUUCAGCCGCAAAGCCCAGACCGUCUACACGAAGCAGAUCUACGAGUGGAAGCAAGUAUGGCUGGAUGAGAGGAAGCCCCGGUUACUUAGCGGGACGGUGUGGACCCAAUUGAUCCAGCACUGGGAGAAGGAAAGAGACUAUAGAGAAGUCUCUACAGAACUCCGCCAACCGGAACAGCGAUCGUGGCGGGAAAGAUUCAAGGAAACGAUGGUUAAUCCCGUCGAUCAUCUCGUCGUCAUUAAGGAGGCGUACACCAACAAAGGACGGGUGAAAUUCAGGAUCCGGUGA